ACAGCAAAGGAACCGAUUGUCAGUAAUAAACAAAUUUACGCGCAUUAUGCGGCCAUUUUUCGAAUCUUUUUCGAAAAUUACGAGGCGAUUCUUUGCGACGGACCCCGGCCUCAGGGUCGGCAUCCUUGGGGUGCCCUUCGACAAGGGUCAGCCGAAGGCAGGUGUCGCCGACGGACCAGACGUCAUCAGAAAACUGGGCUUGAUCGACAGGCUCAGGGACAGCUUGGAGGAAAGCGGCGGUCAAGUCAACAUUAGGGACUACGGCAACGUAGCUUACGACGUGGCGGCCGAUUUGGAAACCAAUAACGUGCCGAACAUGAAAGGUUACGCGCACGUAGCCGCCUGCAACCGCGAGAUUUCGAAAAACGUGUCGGACAUCAUCAGGGAUGGCCGGAUCUGCAUCACGCUGGGCGGCGAUCACUCGUUAGGUAUAGGCACGGUCGACGGCCAUCUUAAGGCGAUGAACGAGAACGUCUGCGUGUUGUGGGUGGACGCGCAUGCGGAUUUGAACACCAACAAAACAUCGGGCUCAGGAAACGUGCACGGGAUGCCGAUGGCAAUCCUCGCUAAAGAGCUUUGCGACUACUGGCCUUACCUGCCCGGUAUGGACUGGCAGAAACCGGUACUGUCGCUCAGGAACGUCGCGUACGUAGGUCUGAGAUCGGUUGAUUCUUACGAGAGGCUCAUCAUUGAAAAACUUGGAAUUAACGCGUUCGGCAUGGAAGAUGUCGAGAACUUCGGGAUAACCAACGUGGUCGACAUGGCACUGAAAAGGAUCGAUCCGGAUUCGUCGAGGUCGAUACAUGUCAGUUUCGAUAUCGAUUCGUUGGACUCUCUCGAAGCGCCGAGCACGGGAACGUCGGUGCGGGGCGGUUUGACCCUACGCGAAGGCAUCCAGCUCAUGGAAAUGGUGCACAGGACCGGUCGAUUAAACGGCGUCGAUUUGGUCGAGGUAAAUCCGAACAUCGGCAGCGAGCUCGACGUCGGCCGCACCGUCGAAGCCGCGAUUCACGUCAUCAUGGCGUCCUUAGGGUACUCGAGGAAGGGGGCCCUGCGAAGACGCGCCGACACGCUCCCCCUGCAAACGUUUCCGCCUUCGCAACAAAUAAUUUUGUAAACGUCCGUAAAUAAAAAUUGUCUUGUUUGUUGUUUUAACUAAACGCGUAGGUAAAAAAGUUUAGUUAGCGCGUGCGUCGAAGUUUAGGAGGGACACUCGUCCAUUGGCGAUAUCCGUCGGUAGUAGUUCUUCAAUCAUCCAACAUGAUUUCAUAUACUUUGCGCCCAUAUACAGGGACCCUUAUGUCUUCAGAACGUUCAUUUGACUCUCAAUGACCUGAUGCCUCUUAAUAGAAACCGAUUGCGUGAGCUUAACCAAAGAGUAUAAGAUAGAAGGGAAGGUCGCGUAUACUGUUACGAAUGCCAUCUAGUGUUUGCGUCCAAGGACUAGAAUACUGUCAUGGCUGCUUAAAGUAAUUCGUCACACUGAAAA